AUGGCGCUGAGGGGAAAGGGAACACCAAGCCAAGGAGGUGAAUUCCUGAAGACGCCCUCACAGCCAACCUUGGAAGAUGAUAUGGGGAGAACUCCAUGGCAGGAGGAAACCCCCGCAAAGGAGUGGAAGACUCCGAAGACCCCGGUUGAGACACCCCGGCAAGCAGAACCCCCGACAAGCUCCACAAGAGAAAGGGAAGAGAGAGGAGGAAGAACGGCAUCGGCAGCCCAGACCCCCUUUCACAGACCCUCAGGAGCACCUGAGACCAGCCCCCAAUGGCCUGGGGGACCCAAGACCAGCCCGACCACGCUCCGACCAGCCAACCAGCCAGAACCACAACCGCUGUUCGACGACGAGCAGUUGAGGAGAUAUGAAGAGUUGCGGAGUCAGGCACCGAUGCUGAACCCGCCCCAAGUCCAACAGAGGACACUUGAGGAGAUGCGACCUGAAACUCUGAGAGAGGAGGAGUUGAAAAGGUUGAGAAAAAGAGAAGAAGAAUUGGAGAUGGAGAGGACCAUGCUCCUGAGAGGAGAAGAGUUGCAGAGACUGCUGCAACAGAAAGAAAGAGAAAAGAGCCGAGAGAGGCAUGAGGAGGAGUUGCAGAGACUGCUGCAACACAAAGGAAGAGAUGAAAGCCGAGAGAGGCAUGAUGAGAGGCGCCAGAACGCCAUAGAAGAUGAAGAUGUCCAGUAUAGGACCCCUGAAGAAGAAAGCCAGACAGCCAAGAAGCUGUUUCAAGACGAGCUUAAGGAGGCUGACAGACCCCCAAAGCCCGAGGCUGAAAGACCCCCAACGGCCAGAGAGGCCACAAGACCCCUGAAGACAGAAGCUGCAGGUUCCUCAAGGCAAGAGGAGACCCCAGGAACGUUGCAGCUGAUGGCAAUGAUGAUGCACACAAUGACAGAGAUGCAGAAGAAGAUGCUCUCCAAGGAUGGAGGAAAAGAAGGAGAGGGGGGAGAAGCAGAGUAUGUCAGAAGCCACCCCGAAGUGCCAAGACUGACGGACUGGAACCCCUCGACAGGUCCGAUAGACCUGAACGAUUGGUUGGCGUUGAUUGAGCCAAUCAUGGCAGACCUCACAGCCACCUCACACGACUGGUGGGACAGGCUGCUGAAAGAAGCAAGACAGUGGUACCAAGACCACAUGGCUCUGAGUCCAAUGGACAGGCUGACACACGAGCCACAGCCUUCCAAAGACUUGGACCAGCCCAAGUGGAUCCGCCUAGAAAGAAGGGCGUCCACACUGCUCAUGAUGAGCAUCCCUGAAGCCCAGAAGGAGGAGCUGGUGUCGACGAAGAGGAUCACAGCUCUGAAGAUCAUCUGCCACCUCUUGACGACCUUUCAGCCUGGAGGAUUGGCUGAGAAGGAGGUCAUCCUCAGGUCGUUGGAGAUGCCACAGGAAGCAGCAACAGUGGCAGAGGCAGUGAGUUCACUGAGGAAGUGGAUGAGAUGGAGGAGACGAGCAAUGGAGCUUCAGGUGAGCGAGCCUGAUCCCUUCCUCUUGCUCAAAGGCUUGGGACGCAUCGUCCGCCGACCUUUGGAGGCUAACAGAGAGCUGAAUUUCAGGAUCAGCUUGGCCAGGUCGAUGCUCCAGGUCGACUCUACCCCCACGAAAGACACAGUGGGAAAGUUCUCGACCCACCUCUUGGCUGAGAUGGAGCAGAUAGCACACCUUGAAGGCAGCAAGAAGAGCACCAGCAAGGACACGCAGAAGCAAGGGAAAGGUAUGAAGCCGACGGCAAAGGUGGUGAAGAAAGAGGAAGCCACCAAGAAAGAAGAGGUAGCCAAGGAAGGCUCCAAUGAAGGAGACAGCAGUGAAGCCAUGAAGGGACUGCUGGAAGAGGCCAACAAGAUGUUGAAGGCCUUGCAACAAGGAAAGAAUGAAGAAGACGAAGGGAAGGAGGUCAGGCUGCAAAAGUUGCAGAAGCAGCUUGAUGAACUCAAGACCCUGAAGGUCUUCAGGAUCUCCAAGAUCCACACAGAAGAAGGAGACUAUGGUCUUUUAGACUCUGGCGCGACGCACGCCUUGAGAGGAAGACAGCCAGGAGAAUCACUCAAGGACUUGACAGAGGUCCGAGUGACGUUGGCCUGUGGUAGAGACGCCACACUGAAGAUGACAAGAGGAGGAACAAUGAUUGGCCAACAUGAGGAGACAGAGCCAAUCGUUCCACUUGGAAAGAUGGUCAGCCAGCUCGGCUGUACGGUGGAAUGGGAUGAGGGAGGCCUUGUCGUGGUUCACCCAGAGAGGGGAAGACUGGACACAACACAAAGAGGAGGAUGCCCUCACAUCCCAAGACCACUGGCCUUAGACAUCAUCCAGGAGCUUGAGGAGAAGUCUGGAUGGAUGAAGAAGAUGAAGACCAAAGAAGAAGACGAAGAAGAUGUCUUGAAGAAGAUGGUGGCCGUUCAUCCGGUCUUCAGAGACCUGCCAGAGGAGGUAAAGAAGGAACUGGUGGUGAUGCCAUCAAAGGAUUUGACAGCCCUUCCAGGGAUGAACCGUAGACAAAGACGGAAGAUCCAAAGGGAAGGAGCCACUCUGCACCUGUUCGCGGGGGAGGACGACGGAUUCACCCUGGGCCAGGCAGUGAAGAGUGCAGGCGGCGAUGUCCAGACUCUGAUAGAGCUGGAUCAGAAGAGAGGACCUGGGCAUGACCUGAUGAGCUCAGAUCCGUAUGACGAAGAAGAAAAAGAAGAAGGCAUCAAGAGAGACGCCAAGACAGAAGAACAGAAGACAGGAGGAGAGGGAUGGAAGAAGAUCAUCCUGGCUCUCGAGCAGCUGAGUGCUCCUGAGUACCUCCCAAAGACGGUCUCCUUCUGGUGGACGGACCAGUGGAGAAAGAUGAAAGAGAUGUACGAUCUGCAAGAGAUCAAGUUCAACCAGGGAGACUGGAAAGGAGAAGAAGGCGGCAAAGGCUGCAUAAAGCCCACAACGAUCGGCGGGAACGUCGAGAUCAAGGUUCCAGAAGAGAGGAACCCAGAAGCCAAAGGAAGAUCCCAAGACAGGGUCCAAGACUCAAAGAGCCUGAGCCGAUGGGUGCCGGGUUUGAUGAAAGAGCUGGCGAAGGAAGUGGUCAAGAAGUGCCAAGAAAGACCCGUCCAGCUAAGGAAUGAGAGAGUUCCAGAAGAGGAGGUGGAUGCGAUCGAAGGGCUGAGGAUCGAUGACAGUGAAGGAGAGGCUGAUGAUGAAGCAGAACACACAGAGGAGGAUCCCCAACAAGACCCCCCUGGUAACCCUGAGGAGCCCCAAGGUGGUGAGAGAGCCAUCAACCCCCAGGAGCCACAAGAAGCAGCCAAGGAGGAGGUGGAUCAGCCAGAGGACUUUGAAAUCAAGAUUUUCAGACUGGUGACUCCCUUGCCCUCGAAGGCGGGGGGAGUAGUCCUCCAAGCAGUCAUCGACAUGAUCCUCAAGCUCAGGUGUGGACUGAAGCAGAAAUUUCCACCACUGGGAGCUGAAGUCCUGGUCAAGAAGAGAAGGUGGAACGCGCAACAGUUCCUGCCAACAAUGGACCGAGUGACAUACAUCGCUCCAUGUUGGGAAGGUCACGGUCACUGGGUGAAGCAAGAAGAUGGGACGACCAUCGUAGCCCGGUUCUGCAUAGCUGAUGUGUGGAACCCCGUGACAGACCACUCGUGGCUGGCAGUCAUGACAGAGAUGCCAGAUCCACUUGAAGAAAGAAGAUUGAGGAGAAAGACGCCACCAGAGUUGGCAAAGAUGGAGGUUCAAGAAGACGAACCAGGGGAAGAGGGGAGAGACCCUGAACCCAGAAGAAGAUCAAGACUUUUGCAGCUGAUCAUGGAGGAGAUGACAGCUCUGAUGGAAGACCCCUCAGAAGAGGCCCUGAAGACGACGAUGCAGUCUGUGGCCAAACUCCGAAUGAUGAUGGAGACGGGCACGAGUGAAGACGUUCUUCAGACGAGGAUCGUGGGCCUGGGGGAGGUGAUGAAAGACCUUGAAGGAUGGAAGAAGCCCAUCGAAGAAGAACUGAAGUCUUUGGUGGAAGACAAGAUGGCCCUUGAAGCCAUUUCCAAGGAGGAGGUGGAGAAGAUGUUCAGGGAGGCACACGCCGAAGGAAGAAAGCUGGAGGUGGUGCCAGGAAAGCUGGUGACGGUGGUGAAGCCCGCACCAGAAGGAGGAAAGAAGAAAGCCAGAAUAGUGGCGUGUGGAAACUUCACGGCGAAAGAUGCCCAGGACGAACUGUACGCGUCCACUGGUGAUGCAGUGACUUUGAGGAUCAUGAUGAAGUUAGCAUCAGAAAACCAGUGGGACGGAGUCACGUUGGACAUCCGUACAGCGUUCCUCAACACACCAUGGGAAGACAUGGAUGUGUUGGUGAAGCCACCCCACUUGCUGAUCAGGAUGAAGCUGGUCGAAGAAGGCACGCUGUGGCGGCCGACGAAGGCCUUGUAUGGCUUCAGAAAGAGCCCAAGGUUGUGGGGAAACCACAGGGAUUCCACGAUGAGGAAGAUGGAAGUCCCACAUGAAGGGAAGCGACACAGAUUGACACAGCUGGUGUCGGAACCCAACCUCUGGAGGAUAGAUGAGGUGAAAGAUGAGGAUGAAGAAGAGGAGAAGCCGAAAGGGCCUCCAAAAGCCCUGAUGAUGGUCUACGUGGACGACUUGUUCGCCACAGGUCCAACACAGCUACUGAAGGCACUGACUGAGACCAUCAAGAAGGAAUGGAACACCUCAACUCCAGAGUGGAUCAACGAAGAUCCCACAAGAUUCCUCGGCAUGGGAAUCUCCAAGACCAAAGGAGAGGAUGGUCUUGAAGUCUGGGCAGCAUCCCAGCAGGACUAUGUCAAGGAGUUGCUGAGGAGGAACGUGGGGGAGGAUGAGAAGAAAUGGCCCAAGAGAAAGGUGCCAAUCUCCAAGGAUCCACCGGCUGAACACCAAGAAGAGCCAAAGGUGGAAGGAGUCAGGAAGGCCCAGAAGAUAGUGGGCGAAGCACUCUGGUUAGUCACGAGGACCAGACCAGACAUGAUGUAUGCCUUGGCGAAGAUGGCCAGCCAAGUGCUGCAUCAACCCCAGUGGGUCGCAGAGAGCGCAUCCCAACUGUGGGGAUACAUGGCUGCCACGAUCCAUGAAGGGAUCACCUUUGAGAAAGGUCCAUCAUGGGAAGGAUGGGAAGAGCAGUCAGGGCUUGCUGUUUAUGCUGACGCAAGCUUCGCACCCUCAGGUGAAGAAAGUCACGGUUCAGUGAUUGUGACUCUGAGGGGAGCCCCGCUGCUAUGGAAGAGCUCAAGGCAGUCGACGGUCAGCCUUAGCACAGCGGAGGCAGAGCUGAACGAGCUCAUAGAAGGACUGAUGAUGGGGGAAAGUGUUGCAGCGAUUUUGGAGGAGCUGGAACCCCACAUCAUGAAGAUGAUGGCAUCAGACUCGCAGGCAGCGGUGAACAUCUGUCUGGCAGAAGGAGGAAGCUGGAGGACCAGACAUCUGCGCUUGAGAGCAGCGCAUGCCAAACAGAGAUUCACCAAAGGAGACUGGCUGCUGCGACAUUUGCCAGGCGAAGACAUGCUGGCAGACAUUGGGACGAAGAGCCUGACGUCAGCCAGGCUGGAGAAGCUCAAGAAGGGGCUUGGCAUGAAGAAGAUUGGAAAAGAUGAAGAAAAGAAUGAGGAGCCAGAAGAGAAGACGGCACCAGAAGAGGCAGAGAAGAUCAAGAAGAAGGAACAGGGGACCAGAGUCCCAAAAGAAGUAGAGAAGGCACUCCAGUGCGUGGCGUUGAUGAUCGCCAUUCAGGGAGCCAAAGCUCAAGAUGAUGAGGAGACCGAAGAAAGGGCAGAGAUGUUCCACAUUGAGCUGAUUCUGAUGUUUGCUCUUGUGGGAGUGGUCUCAGUGAUCCAGAGGAUCAUCCCUUGUCUGAUGGGCUGGCUUCGGAGAGACCGACAAAGAGCCCACAGAAGAAGAAGGAAGCAGGGUGAGAGGAGCACCCACACGACGCCAAGAAGAACAGGCGUUGAGGACCCCAGAGAGCAUCAGGAGGAGAAGGAGAGUGGAAGCCAGGGAUGA